CUCCCAAAGUAGGAGGGGAUGUACUCCUUUAAGCCAAACAAAAGCUACUCUCUCCGCACACGCACUCUCUCCCCCCUUGGUCGGUUGUUCUCUCCGCCUCUGACCCAAUUAGGGCUUCGAGUAGAAGACAAAAGAAGAGGAAUUACUUGUGACGAUCCCCAAUUUGUGUCAGAGACAGACACUAGGAUGGUUUGAUGCUAUUCACUUAGAUGCGUGCCCAUGUGGAUCCUGUUGGUGGUUUUCUAGAGUAUACUCGUACCUUCUUCUGUAAUCUGGUUAUUAACUUGCUUUUAAGACAUCGCUCCCAUCUGGUUGGUUCUAUAUUCUCUCCAAUGGAUGCAAUUAGUAUCUCUUCGGAUGAUUCGGAUUUGCGUGAAAUAGACAACUACAAAGAUGAUUCACCUCUCAGGGAUUCUGCCACUUCUCGAAUCCUUCCACCAUGGGCAACAGAUAGCUCGCCCAAAAGAACAAUUUAUCUUAAUGGAAGCUCCUCCAACUAUCAUAAUAUUACUGAUGACAGUGGACCAUCAAGUUCACGAGCAAUUAGAGACGGGAAUUCCAAGUAUUCUUCUGGGAAUGAUAAUGGAAAGCAUUUUCCACAACAAGCUUUAAAGCGUACACUUCCAACAUCUUUUUGUCCUUCUGGUUCAGUAGAGGAUAUAGGUUUCAGUCAGGCUCGUCAAUCUCAUGAAAGAUCAUACCAAUCUGCAUGGGCAAGUUCGAGCAGUGCUGGUGAUAACUACUGGAAAGACAGCUUCAACAGGGGCAACCAUAGUGAGUUAGUUCUCUAUGAAAAUAAAGGAAACAGAGUGUUACCUCCGUCUUUGAUGCACAGAAGGUCCACUUCAGGUGUUCAACAUACCAGUGUAAGUGAUCCCUUACAUUACCCUGCGAAAGGUGAAGACAGAGCUGCAGCAGCUGAUGAGAGACUGAUCUUUCAAGCUGCUCUGCAGGAUUUAAACCAACCUAAGGUAGAGGCUCGUCUGCCAGAUGGUCUUUUGUCAGUUUCUCUCCUAAGACACCAGAGAAUUGCUUUGGCGUGGACACUUCAAAAAGAAACUGGUAGUGUUCACUGUUCGGGCGGUAUUCUGGCUGAUGAUCAGGGUCUUGGUAAGACUAUUUCAAUGAUUGCCCUCAUACAGAUGCAGAGGUCAGCUCAGGAUAAGUCUAAAGAGAAAGAUCUGGAUGAUAUUAAAGCUGAAGCCUUGAAUUUGGAUGAUGAUGAUGAAAAUGUUGCUCCUGAUUCUCAGGAAAUAAACCAGCGUAGAGAGAAAGAUGGUGUCGAGGUGAUUCCAGAUGCAAGAACUUCUAUAAAGGGGUUUCGUCGUAGGAGGCCAGCAGCUGGUACUUUGGUAGUUUGCCCAGCAAGUGUUCUUCGACAAUGGGCUCGGGAACUGGAUGAGAAAGUUACGGAUGAAGCAAGUCUAUCUAUUUUAAUCUAUCAUGGAGGCAAUAGGACUAAGGAUCCGGUGGAAUUGGCAAAAUAUGACGUGGUUCUAACUACAUAUGCCAUUGUGACAAAUGAAGUUCCUAAACAAGCUUUAGUUGAAGAGGAUGACGAUGACCAGAAAAAUGGAGAACGAUUCGGAAUAUCUUCUGACUUCACUUCAAGUAAGAAGCGGAAAAAGCCAUCUCUUAAUAAGAAGGGAAAAAAGGGCAGAAAAGGAUUUGAUGCAGAUGACUUUGAUCCUAAUUGUGGUGGUCUUGCAAAAGUCAGUUGGUUUAGGGUGAUUUUAGAUGAAGCCCAGACAAUAAAGAAUCAUAGAACACAAGUAGCUAGAGCAUGCUGCAGCCUCAGAGCAAAACGAAGGUGGUGCUUAUCUGGAACACCAAUACAAAAUGCCAUUGAUGAGUUAUUCAGCUACUUCAGAUUUCUGAGAUAUGACCCCUAUGCUGAAUAUAAAUCAUUUUGCAGCCAAAUUAAGUUUCCAAUAGCUAUAAACUCAAUUAAUGGGUAUAAAAAGCUUCAAGCGAUUUUGAGGGCCAUAAUGUUGCGACGAACAAAAGGUACACUGAUUGACGGUGAGCCAAUUAUAACCUUACCACCAAAAACUAUACAGUUGAAGAAGGUGGCUUUCUCUGCCGAGGAACGAGCUUUCUAUAACAAAUUAGAAGCUGAAUCGCGAUCGCAGUUUAAGGCAUAUGCUGCAGCUGGAACUGUGAAGCAAAACUAUGCAAAUAUCUUAUUGAUGCUUCUACGACUUCGACAGGCUUGUGACCACCCAAAACUUGUCAAAAGGGAGAGUUACAAUUCUGUUGGAAGAGCUUCAUCAGAGAUGGCGAGGAAACUCCCAAAGAAAAUGGUGGAGGAUCUCUUGAAACAAUUGGAAACUUCAUUGGUAACAUGUUCCGUAUGCGAUGAUGUGCCCGAAGAUGCAGUUGUCUCCAUGUGUGAACAUGUGUUCUGCUAUCAAUGUGUAUCAGAUUAUUUAACUGGGGAAGAUAAUACAUGUCCGGCACUUGGAUGCAAAGAACAACUUGGUCCUGAGGCCGUAUAUUCUAAAGCUACCCUAAAAAAUUGUGUAUCAGAUGAUGUAAAUGGUGAUCCUUCCAGCUUGUCUGAAUUUGAUGAGAAAUCCAUCAUGGAAAAUGAGUACAUUUCUUCUAAAAUAAAAGCUGCUCUUGAAAUUCUUCACUCAUGUUCUAAGUCAAAGGAUCCUUAUUUAGAAUCAGAUAGCUUGGUGCAAUGCAAUGGCGAUUCGUCAAAUUUGGGAAAAGCAGAUUCAGAAUCGCAAGACAAGGGGCCAAUAAAGGCCAUUAUCUUCUCUCAGUGGACAGGCAUGUUAAACUUGGUUGAGCGUGCUUUGAACCAGUUUUGUUUUAAGUAUGAGAGGCUUGAUGGUACAAUGUCUCUUGCUGCUAGAGACAGGGCUGUCAAAGAGUUUAACACAAAUCCUGAGGAUUGAGGAACAAGUGGGUAAGGUUCUUUUCAUCUUACAUUCUUCUCAUGUGAGUUUGAAUACCGCUUUCGUUAGUUUUGUGAAAAGCUUUAGCGGGUUUUGUUUUUUAUUUUUGUUUUUUGUUUUUCUCUCUUCUUUGUGCUUGAGAGAGGUGCAAAACCUUGAAAGUACAUCAAUUUGAUAUCAGAGCACAUGUUCCAGGUUUCGAGUCUUGAUUUGCUAUUUCCCAUCAUGUCGCUAGAGAAACAAGUGGGAUCCUCUCAAUCGAGCUAAAAUUUGUAAUUCAGAAAUUAAGAACUAUUGUCCUUGAACGGGAUAAUGAAGAAAUUAAAGUGCAACUAGAUGGCUUUGAAUGCAGCUAGAUGGCUUGAAGGAAUCAAUGGCGAAUUUGACUGAAUUAGUUGGACGCUUGGUGCUUCAAAUUAGCCACCAUAUCCAUCACAACGCCUACAACCUCCACCACCACCACCUCUUCCACCAUAUAACAUACCAGUACUAUCGCCACGUCUACCACUUCGAUAUCCACCAAUUCAACCGCAUAGAGCAAGAUAUAUUGAGCAAGCUGAAGAGGUUGAAGCUAACCGAGGCAUAAGAGUAUCGAGGCACCAUUCCCAAUAUGAUAAAUAUUCAAAUUUUCAAGGGAAUGAAGAGGAUGAAACUGAUGAAGACCAAUAUCAUAGAAACGAAGACCAUGCAUUGGAUUCACAAGUUGAGGCUUUACCACCAAAGUUUUAUGACGAUCCAUUAGAGUAUCCAACCAUGUUUGUCAUCGACUUUCCACCUUAUAGAGAUGCUCAACACAAUAUUGACAUAAUUGUUGACUAUAUCAUUCUAAAUAAGGUAGCAUAUUGCGUUAAUUUUAAAGUCCAUAAAAAUAUGCAUGAACAAGAACAAGGAUUUCCUAAAAAAAGUGGAUAAUAGAGAGUUUGAGGUAUAUUGGAGAGACAAGAUAUCUUCACGUCAUAACUAUAUCCAGCUAUCACCAAAGCGACUGUUGGUGUACAAACGUUGCAAUUGAUGCAUUCUCAAGAAGAGCGUUGAUCUCCAUACUUAAUUCAAAGCUAGACAUAGAAUUGGUUAAGUUCCAUGAAGUUUUGACACCAAUAACUUCAUGAAGUUUGAGAGUCAACAUAGAAAGAUUACAUGGAGAAAGUUUGGUAGAAAUUUGAAACUUAGAAAGAGGGAUGUAGUUCGACCAAAUGCAAAGUUUUCUUGCAACGUGAAGAAGCUCUGUGAUAAGCAUACAAAAUGUAACUUAAACUUGGUGAGUAUUUGGUCCCCAUUCUUUACUAUAACAAAUCUUGCGCUAUUUACGAAAGCUGUUAGACUCGAGGACGAGUCUUUUUCAACUAGGGGAGAAUGAUGCAAGAUCAAGAAGGCCAAGAUACCAAGAAAUUCAAGAAGUCUUAGAAUCCAUUCAAUAUUAGGCUUUCUUAUCCAUAAAGAUUAGGAAUUCUUAUUUCCUGUUUCCUAGUAAUUUGAUUGUUGUGUUAGUAGGAUUAUAUUUGUAGUUCUAGUUAUCUAGGAUUGUUAGUUAGCAUUUCAUUCCUACUAGAAUUCUUUUUAGGAUUAAUUUGCCUUAACCUCAUCAAUUUUACUCAUUGUAAGGCCUAUUUAAAGGGUAAGGUCUAUUUAAAGGGCUCAGUAUGCUGAAAAUAAACAUUGGUGAUUAGUUUUUCUAAGCUCUUGCUUCAUAAACGUGGCUUGUCUUUUAUUUUGUUUUUUCUUCCUUUAUUCAACACUUAGUGCAAUCUUGUGGGAUUGAGGAACGAGUAAGGUUCUUUUCAUCUUACAUCUUCUCACGUGAGUGUGAAGAACGUUCGCUAGUUUUGUGAAAAACUUUAGCAGGGUGGCUUUGAUUUUCUUUGUGCUUGCGUGGUGCAAAACCUUGAAUACCCUCUUCCUAGUCCACUGCUCAGAAAUGAUAAUUUGGCAAUACUGUUAUAGGACUUCAGGAUUAUUAUUUGAUGGUAAGGUAUAGGUCUAACCUUGAAUAUGUUCAUUACUAGAUAAUUUUACAUUCAUAUACCAUUCAGGAAAUGCCUGUACAUAUGUUUUUUCUUCAGGAAUUUUUUUCUCCUGCUAUACCCUUAUCGUACAUGCAAUUCAUUCAAAGAGUUUGAAUGUCCUUUUCCUUCUACUGGUCUUUAUAGUGACGAGGAGUACCUUCUCUAGCACCAUGUUCGCAAUUAGUAUAAAAACUUAAAUAGAGUGGUGUGGACUAAUAACUAUGCUUUAUUUAGUCAUUUCUUUAGCACAUUGGAGCACCAGUACAGCAAGGUAGUGCUUUUUUGUUUUGAAGUUUUUAAUUGCAUACUUUGGAUUUCCCAAUCUAACCAUUUCUUUCUCCUUGAACCUUAUUGUAUUUUCAAA